CGGCCGUGAGGCGGCGCAUGCGCGGAGCUGCCGGAAGCGGCUCCCCGCGGCGGAUGUUGACGCUGCGCGCGGCCCGCUGAGUUGGGGCUUUGAAUUACCGCUGACCCCUGUGACAGCAUGGCCUGGCUCACGUAACAGAGCUCUGCUGGGGAAGCUGCGCUUACCUACCCCGGGUACACAUCCUUCUUUCCAGGCACUGUAUCGAAAUGGCUGAUGAUAACGAAGACCUGCAGGCAGAUGAAGAGCUCCCAGCUCCAGCUGAGGACAACUUUGAGCAGCUGGAGAACGACAGCCCUGCCGAGCGCAGCGGGCACGUGGCAGUCACUGACGGCCGCUGCAUGUACGUCUGGGGAGGCUAUAAGAAUGCCCAAGUUAGGGGAUUUUAUGACUUCUAUCUGCCUAGAGAUGAAAUAUGGAUCUACAACAUGGAAACUGGAAGAUGGAAGAAAAGUAAAACGGAGGGAGAUGUUCCACCUUCCAUGUCUGGAAGCUGUGCUGUGUGUGUAGACAGAGUGGUGUACCUAUUCGGAGGACAUCAUGCACGUGGCAAUACAAACAAGUUCUACAUGUUAAAUUCCAGAUCCACGGACAAAGUGCUGCAGUGGGUCAGAGUAGAAUGUCAGGGGGUCCCCCCUUCAUCAAAGGACAAACUUGGCGUUUGGGUUUACAAAAACAAGCUAAUAUUUUUUGGAGGCUAUGGUUAUUUUCCUGAAGGGAAACAACGGGGAACUUUUGAAUUUGAUGAAACCUCCUUUUGGAAUUCAGGUCUUCCUAGAGGGUGGAAUGACCAUGUACACGUUCUGGACACUGAAACUUUUACUUGGAGCCAGCCUAUAACUACGGGUAAAACUCCAUCACCACGAGCAGCUCAUGCCUGUGCUACAGUUGGGAACAGAGGCUACGUGUUUGGUGGCAGAUACAGAGAGUCCAGAAUGAAUGAUCUUUACUAUCUAAAUCUGGAUACAUGGGAGUGGAAUGAAAUAAUCACGCAAGGCAUUUGCCCAGUAGGCCGAUCGUGGCAUUCUUUAACGCCAAUUUCCUCAGAUCAUCUCUUUCUCUUCGGAGGAUUUACCACUGACAAGCAGCCCCUAAGUGAUGCUUGGAUUUAUUGUAUCAGCAAGAAUGAGUGGAUACAGUUUGAGCAUAACUAUUCUGAAAAACCAAGGUUGUGGCACACAGCUUGUGCAAGCGAAGAGGGAGAGGUGAUCGUCUUCGGAGGCUGUGCCAACAAUUUACUUGCUCAUUCUAAAGCUGCUCACAGUAAUGAAAUACUUGUGUUUUCCCUACAACCAAGAUCUCUUGUAAGGCUGUGCCUCGAAGCAGUCAUUUGCUUUAAGGAGAUGCUGGCCAGUUCCUGGAACUGCCUCCCCAAGCACUUGCUGCACAGCGUCAAUCAGCGGUUUGGAAGCAACAACACCUCGGGCUCCUGAGCGGCCGCACUGACGUGGCGCUGAGCAAGCUGUGCAUGGCUGAGCAAGUCUGAGAGAUGUAAUAAUUUUACCAAGUGUGGCAAACAUUAAACUUGUAUAGAUUAAAUAUC